AUGAGUUUAAUUAGCGGUAAAGCGUGUGUGUUUAUUUUGGCAUUUGCUUUGUUCACAGAUUUCAGUUUUGGAGAAACAGAGUUUCUUGAUGAGAAGCCCUUGUUUCCUCACCCUCGUCCAUUCCUCCACAAAGGUGGCAUCCACAAGAAGGGCUUUAAGAAAGGCUUCGGCGGUUUAGGCGGUGCUGGAGGUAUAGGCGGUGGAGGCGGCUUCGGAGCAGGAGGUGGUGGUGGUUGGAUUGGAGGCGGAAUCGGAGGCUUUAGUGGAGGAAUAGGCGGUGGAUUUGGUGGUGGCGGAGCAGGAGGGGGAGGAGGAUUCGGCAGCGGAGGAGGAUUUGGCGGGGGUCCAGGUGGAGGAGCUAUUGGUGGACCUGGCGGCAAAGCUGGUGACGCUCCAGGUGGUGGACUUGGCGGCAAAGCUGGUGAUGCUGGACCUGGUGGCAAAGCUGGUGAUGCUGGAUCUGGUGACGCUGCGGGUGGAGGAGCAGUCAGCGGUGCCGGUGGAGGAAUCGGCGGCGGAGGCCACUGA